AUGAACCCGGGCAUGGGCAUGCCGAUGAUGCCUGGGGCCAUGCAACCGGUGCCGGGAUACGGCACGCCAUUCCCUCAAGGAGAUGCAGAUCGGAUGAAACAGGCUGGAGGUCUGAGACCUAAGGGCGUUAGUGAAGACAAGGUAACCACGGUCUUCGUCGGCGGUUUGCGGAAAAGCACUAGUGAAGACAAGGUAGCCGCCCAUUUCGCGAAGUAUGGUCAGGUGGACAGCGUUGACAUAAAGCGCCUGCCAGAUGGCACAUCGCGUGGGUUCGCGUUUGUAAAGUUCACAGACAAGGAGUCAGUUGACAAAGCCGUGGAAGCGAAAGCCAAUCAUAUGAUUGACAACAAGUGGGUCGCAGUUCGCCCUCACGGAGGUUCUGCAUUUCAAGCGGCGCAGCAUGCCGAAAGAGAAAAGAUGCAAGUUGUGAGAGAGAAGGAGAAGAAGGAGGCUGAAGCACCGUCGAUGGAGGACGAUUACGAGGAAAAGUGGUCCGAGAAGUAUCUGCUGCAGGCAGCUUCACUGCGAGGGGCAGACGAGGAUGGUGAAGACGGCAAGGACAAAGAUUCUGGCCAGAUGAACCCCAUGAUGGCCAUGAUGAUGAACCCCAUGAUGGCGAUGAUGAUGAAUCCGAUGAUGCAGAUGAAUCCUAUGAUGAUGGGUGCAAGGCCUAUGAUGAUGCCCGGGUGUGGCUGCUGCGGUGGCUGUCCGGGCUGUGGCCCCGGUAUGCCCCCGGUCGGAGCCAACGGCGCUCCAGGAGGAGCCCAGCCCUCGGAAGAUGCGGGCGCCAGCCCUGACGGAGCUCCCUCUGCCGGAGCACCCAGCACAGGGGCCCCACCAGGAGCAACUCUACCAGGUGGCUGUGGCUGCAUGCCGGGAUGCAUGCCUGGCUGCUGCGGGGCCUGCAUGCCAG